UUCCAAGACAAGAAGAAGAAGAAGAACCUGCUAGCAGUUGGAGGUGAAGUCGUUGCGGAAAGACAUGCUGGAGUUAGAUUAACGUGCGUGUUAGUGGCGGUUAACCAACUUUAUUCUGUACGAUUUUUAUUCCCGUCACUUCGCUACGACCACAGGCUUCCGAUCGAGACUGCCGGAGUUGGGUUUUCUCGAAGCGGAGCUACGAAAAUCAACAGAGGAAGCAGCUAAGGAGCGAUGUCGUACUACUCAUCGUCCCGGAGCUCGUCUCGGGCCACCGACUGUAAAGUUUACGUGGGUGACCUUGGUAACGGCGCCGCCAAAGGGGAGCUGGAGCGGGCCUUCAGUUACUACGGGCCCCUGAGGACCGUGUGGGUGGCCAGGAACCCGCCCGGCUUCGCCUUCGUGGAGUUUGAGGAUCCCCGAGACGCAGAGGACGCGGUCAAAGGCAUGGACGGGAAGAUCCUUUGUGGCUCCCGUGUUCGUGUGGAGAUGUCCACCGGCCUGUCCAGGAAGGGCCGCGGGCGCCCCAGCCGCCGCCAGUUUGACCCCAACGACCGCUGCUACCAGUGCGGGGACCGGGGCCAUUACGCCUAUGACUGCUACCGUUACAGCAAGAGAGGCCGGCGCAGCAGCAGGUCCCGGUCCAGAUCCCGGUCCCGCUCACGGUCCAGGUCCCGCGGACGGCGCUACCGCUCUCACUCCCGCAGCCGUAGCCGCAGCUACAGCCGGAGCCGCCGCAGAUCACCGUCAUACUCCAGACGCAGAAGCAGGUCUGGCUCCCAGGCCCGGUCCAAGUCUAGGACUCCAGUGAGAAGCCGCUCCAGGUCCCGCUCUCGGUCCGGUUCUGCCCCCAGGGGGCGCUCUGCAUCUCGCUCCCGCUCUCGAUCCCCGUCGGCCAACCACAAGCGGGCCAGCGUGUGGUGGGAGCUGAGCACUGCACAGACACCGCCACUGAUCCCAGGCCCAGGGUCUGCCAGCUGGCGGUGUGCACAGCCUGCGGGAGGGUGACUUAAGCGCUGACCUGAGAUCAGCCUCCGCCGGCGUCUGACGUUAGACAGCGAGACAGAGGUCGACCUACCGACCGACCCCUCGCCCCUAGAGCCAGCCGGCCAGCCUUCAGAGCCGGGCUUUAAAAACCCGUUCCCCACCUACCAGAACCCCCCUACCUACCAGAGUUCUUCGCCUCGGUCUUAGCUUCUGAGCGUGAGACACAGAGCUGACGAGAGAUCAGACUUCAAGAGCGUCUCCGAGUUGUAGUCGUCCGUCCUUCAGUCCUUUGAUCCUUCGCUUCUCUGUACUUGUUGUUUCUGCCGCUGUCUCCAAAGGUAACCAACCCCCCACCCCCUGACUAAGCUCAUGUUGAUGGUGACAGAACAUGUUGAGCCGUUAAAAAGCGAGCAUGUGUGGCUGGAUGUGGGAGUGAGUGAGUGGACGUGUGAAUGUGUGUCAGGCUGACAGGCAGGAAGGAGGGCGUUAGCCGCCCGCCGCCACAGCUUCUCAUUCUGACAUGAAAUCUGUUAGCGCAGCUUAAAGGCGCCGCACGGUCGACCCAACUGCCCAGAUCAGCUCUCUGAUGCUGCUUUUACAUUAUCAAUGUGUCGAUGCUUUGAAAAUGUUGGAAAAAAAGAAAACAAUUUAACAGUAAAGCUGCAGAAUGUAACUUUUAUCAAAUGUUUUUUACAUAUUUGUUUAAACUCUCACCAGGUUGUGACAGUUUAAUAUGACACAGAUAAUCUGUGAAAACAUCGGUCUCCUUCCUGAGCUAACAGUGCUGCCUGAAGAAAUGCACCAAAAACAAAAAAAAUCUGAGCCAGGAGGAGGGGCUUAGCGCUGUCAGUCAACUCAUGUCCUCGCUGCUAAAUGUGCUAAUGGCGAAGAAAACAACAGGAAAACCAUUUAUCCGCUGUCUUUAGUGACUAUGCUGUGAAGGCUUCAGGAUUCACAACGGCUAUGCUAGCUGCAGUGCAGCAGAGAGCAAGGGAGCUUUUAGCGCCACACACAGGAUGAUUGACAGCGCUAAGACCCGCCUCCUGGCUUUGACUGGUUGUCUCUAGUUGUUACUGGGA